UAGAGCGCCUUUGCACCGACUGUGAACUUGCGUCUAAUACUUCCCUUCAUCUCUUCUCUUCGUGUCACGGAUCUAUGCAAUAUCAGUCCUCUUCCAUAGAUAAUUCUGGGGAGCGACCAUGGGGGCAAAUCAGCUGGACGGGAGCGACUUUAGCAGUAGAGCAAACAAUCAACAUGAACUGCCUCAUUGUUUUCCGACAAGUAGUCGGAGCAGAUGUGAAAUGCUACUUAAUCUUCUCUAAAACCCAUAAAUUCGGUUUUCUCUGCGAUGGAAGCAUCAAGUUGAAAGUGGGACACUGGGCUAGAUUACAGUAUGUAGGAACCGAUUUUCGCCCUGGCCAAGUCCUAGACAGUCGCUCGUUACGACUCAUCGGUUACAUUGCUUCCCCUCUCUUCAUUGUUACGAGAAAGUACAAAAUUCGUGAGGAACCAGAAGAGUUUGCUGAGUUUGUGGUCAUUUUGGUGCUACGAGCAAAUAUACAUAAUCAUAAUGGAAUGCUGUUCAUCGAAUCUGCCGACGUAGGCACUAUCAAAGUGGAUACGCAGUGGACACCAAAUUUUGCAAUACCUUCGCAGUUUCCCAAAGGAGCAGUAGUCGAAAUUGAGUUUGUGAAAGAUUCUUGGUAUUUGCGUAAGCUCCAUGGUAAUUGGCACGACGGUUUUGAUUUGCGGAGGCUUGACUCACCAUUUAUUACACCUGGCUACACUGUGGAAGAAAUGGAAAAGUUUUACCGAAAGCGGUUGGCACAUGGUCUUGAAACAUGCGAGGAACGUUUUCCUCAACGUCCGCACUCAACUCAUGAGCAGCAGCCGUCUCACUCUAUGAAUCGGGCAGAGAAUCGGAAUCGCGAACGACACCAUUGUCGUUCUGUUAUCGACAGUGUGGACAAUGACAGAUGGUUGGCACAACGGCAGUUCGCAUCCCACAAUCGGGAUUUUGUCAGCGAUGAAAGUAAGGGACGCGAUAUCAUUGUAAACGAUCGUCGCAGAGAUGCAGUUGAAAAUCGCCCUUCUGCUGCGUUCGCACAGAAAUCACGUUACGAGAAUAGUACUAGCAUGCAUCAUGUGCCAAGAACAGCAGCCAUGGAGAAAUCGAGAAUGGAUAGUAAAAAAGUGGAGGAGCUUAACAAACGCAUGACUUACGUCUUUGAGAUGCCAGAUGAUCCAAGCUCUCAUAAACAAACUCAUGACGACUACUACUAUGACUCGUCAAAGGAGGAAGAACUUUUGUUGCAGCCCAAAUCCAUGAACAUCGCUGUAGAGCGAUGGACUCCCCCAGUCGUACAGCCAAAUCAUGAGACUAUUGUGGACUUAAGCGAUGAGAGACCAAGCGGAAGGGAUCGCAUCCCUGCUUGGUGCUGCAUAGUAACUAUCCGAAACGACCACGUCAUUUGCUACGCACCUAUCACAGGAAUUCACAAGAUUGUUAUUCCAGCCGAUCUUAUGGAGAGAACAUCGUUUAUAAGAGAUUGGCAAAAAUUACUGAAGCUGGGGCAGUGGAUUAACGUCACGUGCGAACCGCGUUCCAAAAGGGAGUACGACGAAUUUCGGAUACCGCACUUUUCGCAUAUAGCUGUAGAAGUGUGCACUAAACCAGAGAAACGGCCACCCAUCGAGAACUGGGAACAACGAGUGAUUCAUGGUUUGUUCCAGUUCCGCGUCUACUGUGAUCUGAGAGUUGUUGGUAAUGUUCAACGAGUUCAAGCUGGAAAUGAGAAGUAUAUGAGACUUUCAUGUCGUCAUCUUAUCCCGGUUCUAGUCCCACAUGAACGACUGGAUGAUAUACUUGAUAAUCAGCUCACUGCACCCAGAACCAUAAAGUUUUGGGCCACUAGGAAAAAACGAGUUUUGGAUUGCGAUUUGUUUCUCAUAGACUGCGAGGAUAUUGAAGAGGAAUAAGUUUAUCUUGUCUACCCAUCUUGCCUACAUAAGUAUCGAUGCAAAUGCCUUGCAUGAUUAUGCGUUACUUUUAUUGUUAUCAUCUUAUGCAACAGUGCUUUCUCUUUCCUUGUUAUCAAAUUUGGUUGAAGCAUCUUCUAUGUUUUCGACUAAUCUUCCAUUUAUUGGUGAACAUAACAUGUUAUUUAUUGUGUUAAUAUCCCAUCAUUGGAAGUUGUUGCAUCAGUAUCACUUCUGACCAGUGUCAAUCAUGGAGGUGGCACUCCACACCUGGGGAGUUUAUAAGGACCCAAAUGGAUGGAUGUCGCAAUUGUGGUU